AUGGGGGAGAAAGCAACAAAGGAUAAAUCUAGGACUUAUGAAUCAAGUAACAAGCAUAACAAAUACGACAUGAUAUUCAAUGUUGUACCUAUUCAGAUGAUUGUCCCAGUUGAUGGUCCAAAGACAAGAUCUAAGAAUUUUGACUUCAUGAAGAAUAGAACAAUUGAAAAGGUAACUCUCUUUGACAUAGACACAUCUGUGCAUGCUCAUAUUGAUAAGCUCGUUAAUUUUCUGGCUAAUGAAGAUAAUACCACACCUACUAAGAAUAUUGUUGAACCUGCUCAAACCACCAUUGAUUUCCAUGUUGAACCGUCUAGUGAAUAA